AUGCUGUCCCUGGCUCUUGACGAGGCCGCCUCCAGCACCCCCGCCGCGCGCCUCGCGGCCGCCACCCGCGGCGUCGCGUUCUUCGCGACCCCCCACUUCGGCUCGAUGCUGGCGUCCCUGGGCCUGAAGCUGCGCCACGUGCCGGGCGCGUCCAACGCGCCGGCGCCCGCGGUGCACCACCUGGCGCCAGGGCCGCACCUGGAGCAGCUGAACGAGAGGCUGAGGGCGCUGCACGCGGCAGGGGCCAUAUCAGUGCUCAGCUUUGCGGAGGGCCUCCCCACCCCCCUGGCUGGAUUUAUCCCAAAGGUCGUCAUCGUGCCCUUUGAGUCCGCAUACCCCGGCUUUGGCGACGUCAAGCUCCUGGCAGGGCGCGACCACGUUGACGUGUGCAAGCCCGACAGCCGCGAGGACGAGAUCUACGUGCAGCUGCUGAGUGCCGGCGUAGCGCUCGCCAAAGCAAUGGCUCUUCAGGCCCUGCAGGUUUUGUAG